GCAGAAUGCUGGUCAACCGUUGGCAAAUCGCCAGUGUUACAAUUGCGGACAAUUUGGACAUCUUUCUCGGUUCUGCCCUCUUCCUGAUCGUCGCUUUACUUUCUCUGCUACUUCGUCUGCUGUUCCUACCAACCCUAGUACUGCGUUAGUUACUGUCCCCAGUACUCCUGCGGUCAACGUCCCUAUGGCUGGGGGAUCCGGCGGCUAUGGUGGCUUUGGCUAUGGUUAUGGAGGAGGGUUGAAACCACGGGUGGAGUUGCUGGAGGCAACUGUCGUAGGUAUCAAAGCACACCACGACGAGGAAAUCGCCAAGGAACGAAGCAAGAAGGAAGAAGAGGAACGGGUUAAGAAGCAAAAUGAAGAAGAGGAACGAAUGCUUCGAGAGAAGAAAGCGCAAGAGGACUUUCAGGCCGAGAUGAGGAAGGAGAUGGGAAGCAAGUUGGACGCGGUACGGGAAUUGUUGGAAAACAAGAAAGGCAAUAAGGAGGAUGAAGUCAGUAAGCUGCGUAUCGAGAUUGAAGGUUUGCGUAUGGCGCUACGUAAUGGACAGGGAGCGUCAACUUCUAAGAAUGUUUACGACAAGUAUAAGAGGGAAUUAGAGGAAGAGAAGGCUAAAUCGGAUCGUCGACUUGCCACCAUGGAAGAAGAAAUCGCCAGGUUAAGGGCAGCCAGCGAGGAAGCGAAUGCUGCUGCUGAUGUGUGGAAAACGGAAGCGCUACGGCCAGGUAACAAACGAGGUAGCGUUGUUGUUACUGCAACUCCGGUGCCAGGAACUAGAACUCGGGCUCGGAUGGUGUCGAUACAUUCGCCAGCGGUGGAGGACCUCAAACUUAAGGAGAAGGUAGAACAUCAGGAGCACGAGAUUGAGCUAUUGAAGGAGUGGCGACUACGUGAGCUCAACGGGAGACGAGAAGCGGAACAGGAGGUUGAACGAUUAAAAGAAAGGAUGGCAAAGCUGGUGGUGGAACGAUCGACUCCUUUGGCGUCGAAUUUGAAGACGCGGUUGGAUAAGGCAGCUACGACUGCUGAGAAGGGAAAGAAGCAGCUGGGUCCUGCAACGCUAGCCGUGGAAGCCAAUGAUCGAGACGCUUUCUUGGCGGAGACUCGUAAGUAUUUGAAACCGCUUAAGAAAGACAAGGUUAUGGUGUUGUGUGCUAAAGAAGGGGUGUCCUAUUCCACUCUGGAUAGAACGAAGGAGGAGUUGGCGUUGAAACGAGCUGAUGUGGCGUUUGGUGUGAUACGAGAUAGUGUUGUCAAGAAGGGUGGUAUUGUUAUUCAUGAAGUAACGGAGGGAGAGGAAGGGGGCAAGGACAGUACCGAGGUCAACGAUGACUCGGUAACUUCGUAGUUUUGUCCCCGAGCGCGUCGUGGUUUUGGAGUCUUCUUCAAUGUUGUGUUCAAGUUCGUUCGUUGUCAUGUGACUGGCUAAGAUGUA